UCAUUGCACUCAAUGUGAUGAGGCCGAUUCUGCGAGCAAGUGCACUGAUUGUGAUUAUGGGUAUGGACUCAACAACAACAAGUGUGAGAAAUGCGGGACUGGAUGUGCUUCAUGUAAUGAAAACAACUUGGAAGAAUGUAAAACAUGCAUUUUAAAUCACAAAUUUAAUUCCACGGUUAAAAAGUGCUUCAAAUGUGGAGAGAACUGUGAAUCAUGUAAUUAUUUAGAUACAGAAACAUGUACUAAUUGUUAUCCUUCAUUUGCUUUGGAUGGUAAAGUUUGCAAAAAGUGUGACACCGGUUGCUCCUUGUGUGAUCCGAAUGAUUACAAAAAAUGCACACGAUGUGAUUUUGAUUAUGGUUCUGUAACUUCUGAUAAUAAUUGUGUCAAAUGUCAUCCAUCAUGUGAUAAAUGUUCCGAAGGCAAUUCUGAUACUAAAUGUACAAAAUGUUUAUAUGGAAAUUACAUUACUGUUGAGGGUAAAUGCUUGGCUUGCGAUGGUGAGUGUGAUUCAUUUAAUAACGAUACUGAUAACACACGAAAUUACUGCAAUCAAUGCAGUUCUGUAUGCAAAUAUACAAACAAAAGUGGUGAUGAUACGAAGUGCUACAUAAUUGAUCAUUGUACAAACUAUGACAAUGUAAGACCAGGCAAAUGCAUUGAUUGUGAGAGCGGUUAUUAUGUAGAUGGUCAAUACACAUGCCAAAAAUGUGAUGCUAAAUGUGAAGGUGGAUGUGUGAAGAGUGCGACUGAAUGCAUUACCUAUGAACCUAUUGCAUACUGCUUAAUCUAUAACAAAGACCACACUUGCAAGACGUGUAAUUAUGGAUAUAAAAAGGACGGAGACAAUUGCACGAAUGUUGAUAGUUGCCAAACAAGAAACGAUGCCGCGAAAUGCAUUGUCUGUGAAGAUUUGUUUACAAACAAUUAUUAUUUGGCUGAUGGAAAAGGACACUGUAAAGAUUAUGUCGAACCAACUGAAGAAAGUACUGCUGUUUCUUUUGCUAUUGUCGUGGCUAUUUUCGCUUUGGUGCUUGCUUUUUAA